AUGAUAUUGUUCUUGCUCCCAUCGGGGAGCAGAGGGCGUACAAAAACACGCACAACAUCUAAAACGUCAUCCUCCGUCCGUCAGGAAGUAGGGAGUGCGCAACAUCAGAGUCAGAGAGAGGCACACAGGACGCUCAAACAAUGCUAUCCUCGAGGAGAGGGUGUGCAUCUAAAACGCCCAUCAUCGCUCACAUUAGGAAGUAGAAGAAUCCGUCUCGAGAUCAUGGACUGCAUGCCCCUAUUAGAAGCCGAGCAAAUCAUUGAUGCGUUACUGACGUUAAAUUCUUGUGCUAGAUGUGUGUUUCGGUUUUUGGGUAUUUUUAGCUAUGAUUAUUAUUGUGCUGAUGAAGAGGAUCUUUUGGAAAUACUUUAUCGAAUUCGAUUAGAAGUAAAUCCUAAAGUUCCCGACAAAUUGUCUACUCCACAAAAUUCACCCACUAUCUCCCGCUCUCUUCAAACCACCGAAAAUAAACCAAUAUGCGUCACAUGUUUCGACCUUCUCUAUUACGCCGAUACUUUACAAUAUGUGAAUCAUAUUUCAGGAAAACUACAAUCGCAGAAUUACGAAACCAAAGAUUUUGACUUGAUUCCUACGCUGCCAAUAAGUCUGAUAUUAAGAACUCAUUCAACAAAAAUUUAUAUUAAAAAAGUGUUAAGUGAAAAGAACUAUGAAUAUAAAUUAUUGUAUCCUGUUGAUUUGGUGAAGGUAUUCAAGCAUCUUUUAACUGGAUCUUUCGAGAAAACGACAGGACUGACAUAUUCGACUGAGAGUCUAUUGAAAAUCAAAAUUGAAUAUAUACACGAUGGUACACGUAAUAGUCAUUUGUUUCUUACUAAAAUACCGGAGGCUAAUUUCUCAAUUAAGCGAAUAAAAGGAAAUAAGGGUCAAGGUGGAUAUUCACGUAAGCAGAUUAUAGAUGCUUUGAAAAAAGUUCGGGAUGAAAGAUAUGUAGAAUUUGACAGCUGUCCACCGUUAGAAGUAAAAACCAGAGUGAAACAACUAGAUCCAGUAAUCAAGCACGAAUCUGUGUACAUGGGAGGCAGAUACACAAAAUUUUCUCGUAACCUUCCACAAACACCGUGGAUCAUCAACGGAGUCCGUCUAAAAGAAGGAUCAGUCGCCGAAAUUAUCGGUAUAAAAAUAAAACAAUUAUUCAGAGCGGACGAUUAUACGUUCGUUCCGUCCGGCCGUGAAGAUUUUGACGUACGUAUGUUAGGCAAUGGACGCCCAUUUUAUAUUGAAUUGAAGAACCCACGUCGGGCUGCGUCUUCCCUUUUUUCACAAGAAAUAAGUGAAGUGCAGAAUCAGAUUAAUUUGGCUGAUGAUGCUAGAGAAAUAGUUCGAGUCUACGAUUUGGCUAUGGUUAAGCAAAGUGAACUGCAUUAUAUAAAGCAAGGCGAGGAUAAUAAAACUAAGACAUAUAGUGCACUUGUAUGCAUCUCAAAACAAAUCACCCCAGAGAUCCUUGACAGCAUAAACAAAUACAAAACAACCGGACUAACAAUCAAUCAGAAAACGCCAAUCAGAGUAUUACAAAGACGCACGAAUAUGGUACGGCAGCGACAGAUUUAUGAGAUUGAAGCGAGAGCAUUGGAAGGACAGUUUAUGGUUGUUGGAUUGGUUACUGCACCCGGAACCUAUAUCAAAGAAUUUAUUCACGGCGAUCUCGGCAAGACAUCCCCGAACCUAAGUUCAAUAAUUGGUUGUACUGCCGAUAUUUUAGAAUUGGAUGUACUGAAUGUGGAUUUGGAGUGGCCGCCACCUCCAAUUUCCAACACUAUCGCCACCAAGAACAAUGAUGCGAAUACGUCCGACGAUUGA